CGAAGUGCUGGAGAGAUCAUUCCCAUUGUUUCUGUGGCUUCUGGGCAGCUAUAAAAGCAGGUGAACGCCGCAGCAGCGGCAGCCUCGCAACAGGACUGGCAAGGAGACACAUCUGUGCGCCCAGAACCUCGCCCUGACCUCUGCAGCACCGCCGGUGAAAGGAGGCACAGAGCAAAAGGAUUUUUGCUGAGACUGUGGAGCAGAUUUAAAGAAGAGAGAAAAUGUUCCUGCCCCAGAGAGCUCUGCAGCUGGUGACACUUUUGGCAGUUCUCUUUUUUGCCUGCUUUGCAACGUGUCAAGACAUUGAAAGCAGGAGAGCAGUGACCGAGCACCAGCUGAUGCACGACCAAGGGCGGGCGCGGCAGGGGCUGAAGCGCCUGAUGUGGCUGCAGCACGCCCUGGGCAGCGUGCACACGGCCAGCAGCAGGGACCUGUCGCUUGCAGAUGCCAUGUGGGAUUCACAGGAGAGCCAGGAUGCCUCGGAUCUCCACGGCCUCAUCAGCAGGGGCCAGGCUGCAAGCCUGAGGAAGCUGCUGCAGGAGGAAGAGCAGAGCUUGCCCCCGCUACAGCAGCUGGAGGUGCUGCAGUAUGAGACGGCCCCGAAGGGCAGCUGGAACCCACAAGACCUCUUCGACCUCCUCCUUCCAAUCAAAGAGCUGGGCAGCAAGAGAGAUGCUGUGAGCCAGCCCCAGCACUAUUCCCACUAG